AUGGCACGCUUUCGCAUCUGGCUACGCAGUCGCGUCCGCGGUCUGCGCCGCAUCUCGAAGCUCAAAUCUCGGCAGCAAGAACAACGCAAGAACGAAGCCCCAGAAAUCUAUCUUCCACUCAAGGGCCUGAAAAUCUCAACGCCAGUGUUGGUGAACCAAGACAAUGUCAAUUCCAAGCCCUUACCACCUCCCCCCUUCGCCAGCACUAUAUCCCCACGCAUAGAACCCCCCACACACCGCCCAACCAAUAUAAUCAUCUCUGCCUACAAAGAAUCCAACAUCGAAGACACUCACUCCAUCUCCGCUCCCAGUACGCUCAUCGAAGACGUCCCCGCCGCGCCUUCUCUCUGCGAAGACUCCGACGAAGACGACACACUCUCCGAGCAUCUCUGGCCCGUCACACCGACAUCGCCAACGCGCUUCGGCCGACGCAUGAGCUUCCUGCAAAUCCUCAAUGCGAACGCAGACGGUCAUUACGAUCCGAUCAUGUCGCGUCCGCUUUCGUUCGCGAGUAGCACGCCGUCAACGGCGCAGGAGGUCAAUCGUGCGAGUCACUAUAGUGUGCUCAGCGAUCGCGAUUCCAAGUACGACAGAGAAGCUAAUCGUACAAGUCACUACAGCGUUCUUUGCGAUCGCCACGAUAAGCGUGCGAGUGUUGUCAGUCAAUCUGGCAAGCGUAUUAGUGUGCAGAGCUUCAAUGGGAGGAGGCGAGCAAGUGUCAGCGUUGCGCAGAAUCGACUCAGUGGUGCCGAGUGGGAUGAGAGCAGAGCUAGCCAAAGGUUUAGUAGGAGGAUGAGUUGGGGGUUUGAGACAUUUUCGACGCAUACGAGUGCGUAUGUUCCUGUGAGGAUUUACGAGGGUAGAUGUUGGGAGGAGGUUGCGAGGAUGGUUGUUAGCGCGAUGAAGGGGUUCAGUGGUUAA